AUGUCGGCUUUAUCUAGCGACGUCAAUAACACGUUGAUCAAUGUGCUACAUGGGUUUGGGUCUGCAGAUAACAAUAUCCGUGCAGCAGCGGAAGAGACCUUGAAUAACCAAUGGAUCACGGAGGAGAACAUCCACGUGUUGCUUGUAUUUCUGGCGGAGCAAGCGUCAUUCUCGGAGGAUCUCACGCUCGCGGGGUUAUCGGCUGUGUUGUUCCGCAAAUUGGCGUUAAGGGCGCCGCCGUCGUCAAAGGCAGUGAUCAUUGCUAAGAACAUCACGCAUAUCAGCAAGGAGGCAUUGGAGCAGAUCCGGACGACGUUACUCAAGGGCUUUGUGUCGGAACGCUCGAACGGCAUCAGACACAAGUUGUCAGACGCGAUUGCGGAGUGCGCACAGGAUGACUUGCCUGCAUGGCCCGAACUUCUUCGGACGUUGUUCGAGGCGACAAAAAACCAGAAUCCGAACUUCAGAGAGUCCAGCUUCAGGAUAUUUUCGACGGUGCCGCAUUUGAUCAAUGCAAUCGAGAUCACCAACGCGCUGCCUAUAUUUGAGGCGGGGUUCACCGACACAGAAGAUGACGUCAAGAUCGCCGCGGUAACGGCUUUCGUCGGCUACUUCAAACAGCUUCCCAAGAUGCACUGGGCAAAGCUCGGUGUACUACUACCUAGCUUAUUGAACAGUCUACCUAAGUUCCUAGAUGACGGCAAGGACGACGCGUUGGCAGCAGUAUUCGAGUCUUUGAUCGAGUUGGUCGAGUUGGCUCCUAAGCUAUUCAAAUCCAUGUUUGACCAGAUGAUUCAGUUCACAGACAUGGUAAUCAAGAAUAAGGACCUGGAAACGUCGGCAAGGACAACGGCGUUGGAGCUACUAACAGUAUUUUCAGAAUGCGCUCCUCAGAUGUGCAAAUCGAAUCCAAAUUACGCCCAAUCCUUGAUCAUGGACACCCUACUUAUGAUGACAGAAGUAUCCAUAGACGAUGACCAAGCCAUAGAAUGGCAGAAUUCCGACGAUGUAGAGGAAGACGACGAAGAGACUGCUUACGACAACGCACGUCAGGCUUUGGAUCGUGUGGCGUUAAAGUUAAAUGGAAAAUAUUUGGCCCCUAUUCUUUUCCAGUAUCUACAGCAGAUGGUUGGCUCGGCUGAAUGGCGUGAGAGAUUUGGUGCGCUCAUGGCUUUAUCUUCAGCAGCAGAAGGCUGUCGCGAUGUUCUUAUUGGUGAAAUCCCAAAGAUACUAGAUAUGGUUAUCCCUCUUAUUAAUGAUCCACAUCCUAGAGUCCAGUAUGGAUGUUGUAAUGUCCUUGGACAGAUUUCUACUGAUUUUGCACCUCUAAUCCAAAGGACUUCCCACGAACGUAUUUUGCCAGCUCUAAUUUCUAAAUUGACGGGUCAGUCUGUUGACAGGGUCCAAACUCACGCCGCGGCGGCCUUGGUCAAUUUCUCUGAGCAUGCAACCCAAAUCAUUUUGGAACCGUAUUUGGAUAGUUUAUUAACGAACUUGUUGUCGAUGUUGCAAAGUUCUAAACUAUAUGUUCAAGAACAAGCAUUAACUACGAUUGCCUUCAUUGCCGAGGCCGCUGAGAAGAAGUUUAUCAAAUAUUAUGAUACAUUGAUGCCACUAUUGUUGAGCGUUUUGAAGACUGAUACUGGUAAAGAAAAUAGGACGUUAAAGGGGAAAUGUAUGGAGUGUGCGACCCUAAUUGCGUUAGCUGUGGGUAAGGACAAAUUCUCAGCACAUUCGCAGGAGUUGAUUGAAUUAUUUAUCUCAUACCAGAAUGAAGGUGUUGACGACGACGAUCCAAUCAAGACGUACUUAGAACAAGGCUGGAGCAGAAUCUGCAGAAUUUUGAGAGAAGAUUUUGUGCCCUUCUUGCCGAUUGUCCUACCAUCUUUGUUAGAGACCGCUAAAGCGGGGCAAGAUGUUAGUUUAAUUGAUGAGGAGGAAGCUAAAAACUUCCAGCAAUACACAGACUGGGAUGUUGUCCAAAUACAGGGGAAACAUAUCGCUAUACACACCUCUAUCUUGGACGACAAGGUUCCUGCCAUGGAGUUGCUACAGGUAUAUGCCACCAUUUUGAAGAAUUAUUUUGCAGCCUAUGUGCCGGAGAUUAUGACAGAGAUCGCGAUAAAAUCUCUGGACUUCUACUUGCAUGACGGUGUCAGAGCAACUGGUGCUGGAUUGAUACCUGUGUUGUUUUCCUCUUUGGUGUCUGCAACAGGUGUCCAGAACCCUAACACCGUUGCACUCUGGGAACUGGCUUCGACUAAGCUCAUUAACAGCAUUAUCUCGGAACCAAUGCCAGAGAUAGUCCGUAUCUACCAUGCUUCCUUGGUUGAUGGUUUGAAAAUCAUGGGUGAUAACGCACUAACCAAUGAACAGUUAGAGAAGUAUACCAAGGGUUUGUCGGCUAACUUAUCAGACGUUUUUGAGCGGGUGAGACAACGCCACGGCCAGGAAGACGAGUAUAAUGAGGAUGUCGAUGAGGAGUAUGAAGAUUUCACCGACGAAGACCUAUUGGAUGACAUAAACAAGUCUCUCGCAGCAGUUUUCCAGACCACUAAUGGUGUCUACCUCACACACUUCCAAUCGGUUUGGCCAUUGAUACACAUGUAUCUACAGGACUCCGAAGUCAUUCUAACUCUCUUUGCUUUGGUCGCAAUAUCGGACAUGGUACAUUACUGCGGCGACAACGCAGCCAUGUUCAAGGAUAGCUUCGCAGGUAAGAUGAAGGACUAUCUAGUCUUCCCAGAGCCAUCUAUUCGCCAAGCGGCGGCUUAUUGUAUUGGAUCAUGUGCCCAGUACGCACCAAACACAUUCGGGGAGGUUUGCAUGGCCUCUUUGGAUACACUUUUCCUCAUCACCACAAUUCCAGACGCUAAAUCAGAAGACAACAUCUCUGCUACAGAGAACACUGCCGCCGCAGUUGCAAAGAUCCUUCAUUCAUUUGGUGCUAACAUCCCCACCUUUGAAACAUAUGUUGUGAACUGGCUCAAGUCCUUCCCAAUUUUACAAGAUGAGGAGGCAGCCGCAUUUAACUACAGAUUCUUGGGUCACUUAAUAGACUCUAAUAACCCCACCGUUCAUGAUAAGGAGAAACUUGGUGAAAUAGUUGAUUAUGUGGUGCAGGCAUUGCACCAGAAGAGUAUUUCAGGCAAGGUAGCUACCGCCGUUGUCGACAGCACCAAAAAGCUUUUGUCUGCAGUACCACAAGAAGAAGCCCUACGAUACUUCCAGAGAUAUCCAUCCUCUAUAAUGCAAGACAUUCAGACAUGGUUUGCUUGA